AGCGACGAAAGCAGGAGAGGGUGGGGGUGGGGUUGUGAGUGAACCUUGGUGGUGGCGGUGGUGGUGGAGCGGCCUGCGAAGAUAUCAUGGCUGCUGCCACGGAGCUUAGUCGCCCGAACAGCGGUGACAGGAGCCUGGAGAGAAGCUGCAGCCCCAGCCUCUCCCGAGAGGUGCUCUGCGAAGUCUUUCGCUCCCUGCACGCCCUGCCUGGAAAGCUUAGCCUCAGAGAUGAUGUGGUGAAAAUUACAAUCGAUUGGAACAAGCUCCAGAGCCUCUCAGCAUUCCAGCCUGCAUUGCUCUUUAGUGCACUUGAGCAACACAUUUUAUAUUUACAGUGUGAACCCCUGCAGAUGGAACUGUGUUCUUCUCAGCCUUUUUUAGCAAAACUUCAGCCUCUGAUUAAAGAGGAGAAUACAACUGCUUGUGAAGACAUAGGAAAAACAGACAUGGGGAACAAAAAUGAAAUAAACACCAAAUUUUCUAUUGGGGACCUACAAGAAGAAGAAAAGCACAAAGAUUGUGAUUUAGGAGAUGUGAAAAAGACACAGAUCCAUUUUGAUCCAGAAGUAGUUCAAAUAAAGGCUGGAAAAGCAGAAAUUGACAGACGAAUAUCUGCAUUUAUUGAAAGAAAGCAAGCUGAAAUCAAUGAAAACAACGUCAGGGAAUUUUGCAAUGUUAUUGAUUGUAAUCAAGAAAAUAGUUGUGCAAGAACUGAUGCUGUUUUUACCCCUUACCCCGGAUUUAAAAGUCACGUAAAGGUUUCUAGAGUUGUGAAUACAUAUGGACCACAGACUAGACCUGAAGGAAUUCAAGGGUCGGGUCAUAAACCUAAUAGCAUGCUUCGAGAUUGUGGUAAUCAGGCUGUAGAAGAACGACUGCAAAAUAUUGAGGCUCACUUGCGAUUACAGACAGGUGGUCCCGUGCCAAGAGACAUUUAUCAAAGAAUUAAAAAACUUGAGGAUAAAAUCCUUGAAUUGGAAGGUAUCUCUCCUGAAUAUUUUCAAUCUGUGAACUUUUCUGGAAAAAGAAGAAAAGUUCAACCACCUCAAAACUAUUCACUGGCUGAACUUGAUGAGAAAAUUAGUGCCCUCAAACAAGCCCUCCUCAGAAAAUCAAGAGAAGCAGACUCCAUGGCAACUCACCACCUUCCAUGAAAAACUCUAAUCCUUGUCAUUUUACUUUUUUAUAUAAAUGUAACUUACACUAUAAUUAAUUAAAUGGAUAUCUAUUCAUCAAUGUAGACUUCUCUGUGAAGUCAAGGUUUAUUUUCACAUGACUCUGGCUUACAGAAAGUAAUCUUCAGAUAUUCUAAUGAGUUUUGGAAUAAUGAAUGCAGUGAAAAUAGUAUUGUUGGAAUUUAUUCCCUUCUGUUUUAAAGGAGGUAUUUGGAAAUUGAAAUACAGAUGCAUCUUUUGCCUUUUGUGGACCACAGGAAGGAAGAUUUAUUUUGAUAGUGAUAUUUAAAAGGACUUUAUAAUAUUGGUGUUAACCAGUUUAUUAGUUUAAAGCAGUACUUUGUAUAUAAUAGGUAUUAAACAAAAAUUUAUUGCCUGAAAUGAAUUUUAAGUGCAUGUGUAAAAUUUUUUAUUUUUUCAGAUGUCAGUGUUAAUGUAAAUAAACAAUAGAUCCUGCUUUAUCUCUUUAUUGGGUCUGUUGCUUAACUCUC